GCCAUCUUGGGGCUGUCCCUGUGUUGUGGGGAUGUCACCUCACGCCAUCCAUCCCCUGGUUCUGUUCUCAACCCUCCUUGUCCACAGGUUGUCCCCAAGUGGCAGCACCGCAUCCCCUCGCAUAGAGCUCAAUGGCGGCUGUGUGGAGAGCGCUGAGUGCCCUGCAGCCCCGCUGCCUUCACACAUCCUGCAGCCGCCACAACUCCAACCGCACCUCCAUCACCCACCUCCGCCGCCAGGUGUUCGGCCGCCUCUACCCGCUGCUGCUGGUCCGCACCGACGGCUCCACCAUCCACAUCCGCUACAAGGAGCCCAAAAGGAUCCUCAUGCUGCCCCUGGAUAGCAGCACGUUGCCCGAGGCUGAGCGCAAGGCCCGGCUGAGGCGGCAGUUCCCCAGCAAACUGCGGGUCAAGCAGGAGGAGACAUUGGAGGAGCUGGAUUUGGAGAAAUACAAGAAAUUCUGGAAGAAAUAAAGCACCGAUUUGGGGUCACCUCCCACCAAGGCCUCCUUACCGAGCUGACAGACGCAGCUAUAGAAAUAAAAGCCAUUUUGUUAAGGAUUUA